GCCGCACGCCGGCUCAGACAGCGUUUCCGCAGUGCUUGCAAGCUCAGACCGUCGCUCGGGUCACGUCGAUCAGCCAUGAAGCUCGUCGUUGCCCUCGCUUUGCCCGCGGCUGCGCUGCGGCCCGUUAAAGUCACGAUGUCCGCAGCCCAGAACCGGCGCGCCUUCGUCAUUGGAGGCACCGCGGCGGCGGCGGCUGCUGCGACGAAGGCCAACGCCUACUCCCUGCCUGAUUUACCGUAUGCCUACGACGCGCUCGAGCCGUCCAUCGACGCCGCGACGAUGAAGUUCCACCAUGGCGCGCGCCCGGCGUAUCGAGACGUUGCAUCGCGAGAGAGCGCAGCCCCACGCCGACGGCGCGACCCCUCGCAGACAAGCACCACGCGACCUACGUCGCCGGCAUCAACGGCAAGCUCGACGAGAAGGACCAGCCGCCGAUUGCCGACCUGAUGAAGAUCGUCCGCGUGCCCGCGUCCCCCGAACGCCUCACGCCCGUCACACCGAGCGCGCGCAGGCCAAGGACAAGGGCUACAACAACGCGGGCGGCGGCGUCUACAACCACGACAUGUUCUGGCAGGCCAUGGCGCCGAAGGGCAAAGGAGGCGCGCCGAGCGCCGCUUUGGCCGCGGCCAUCGACAAGUCCUUUGGAUCGAUGGACAAGAUGAAGGAGGAGUGGGAGGCGCUCGCCGCGCCGGCCUCGACCUUCGGGAGCGGCUGGGUCUGGCUCUACGUCAAGGGCAAGGACCUCAAAAUGGGCAACACGCCGAACCAGGACAACCCGCUCAUGAAGGGCGCGAACGUCGAGGGCAUCCCCAUUUUGGGCAUUGACGUGUGGGAGCACGCGUACUACCUCAAGUACCAGAACCGCCGCCCGGAGUACGUCAAGGCCUUCUGGGACGUCGUCAACUGGAACCAGGUGUCGGCCUGGUACGACGACGCGCUCGCCGGCAAGGCGCCCCAGUUCUGA